GCUUCUUCUUCCAUCAAUUUCUGCUUCUUCUUCCAUCGUUUUCUUAUUUGGUGGCCCGUACGGGUCGUCUUCAGAAAGAUACGAGGCUGGUUUUCGACUUGUCGCUGGGGUUUUGAGUCACAACACCUCCAUUAUUCCUUUUUUGCCACCUAGGUUUUACGAUCCGUGGCGGGAGACUCUUUUAGGGGUUGGUUUUAGAAGUUGCAACACCUACUCUGUUAUAAUGGGUAAAUCUCAAGUACCGCUGUUGAGGGAGGAGGAUGCUAUUAUGUCCAAAGCAGUCUCUUCGACUACCCUACAUGAGCCAUUUGGUCCCAAAGCCACUUCCUUGGAACCGUCGAGAUGGAGCGUCUUCAAUUAUUCUACAAACGAUGCUCGCAAUUUCAGAGAAGACAGUAUGGAAAUGGAAGACGACUCCGCUUUACUUUUUAAUGCCUUUGAUUUUCUGGGGGCUCUUCGGUUCCCUCUCAAUGCUGAAAGUGAUGUUGGUAAUACCCCUACUACGAUUCCCCAACUUUCACACGAUCAUCAUAUCUUGUCAAUGCUCCAUGUUUUCAGUGAAGACGACGCUGCAUUACUUUUUAAUGCCUCUGAUUUUUUUGGAGGCUCUUCAGUUCCCUCUCAAUGCUGAAAGUGAUGAUGACAUCACUCCUACUACGAUUCCCAAACUUUCACAUACCUUGUCCAUGCUCCAUAUUUUCACUGAAGAUGGCUUGAUACAUGUUGCGGAAUUGGAAGAUGAUGCCCCUCCCGUGGUUGCUGACGAUAUCUUGUCCAUGUUGCAUAACUUCACAUAAGCCGAAACUAGUGUAUCUAUGUUUAGGGAAAUAGUUAUGCUCUUGAUCCUUUUGUUAAUAUUAGUCUUUGUAUAUGUCAGAAUCUACAAAAUUAUCAUGCUGCUAAUUGUUUAAGUUACUAAACGUUGUAACUUCCAUAAUUCUUUCAAAUAAAAUUUCCUGUUCAUAACAACAA